CUGCUAUCAACUACUAGAAACCCAUUGCAGGACACCACGCACGCAAAAUGUAUGUAGAUUACUUAACGUGCCUGGAUGACUGCUCCCCCGGCCGCUGGCUCUGUCCUUCUUCUUCAGUCCUUCCCGCUCCUCUCGUCCUUCUCUUCUUCUUCUUCUUCCUCCUACGGCCAGUGUCCUCGGUCCCAUAUUUUGUCCCGCCUUCCAGUUUGCGGUCUCUCCCCUCCCCCCUUUCCCUCUUGCCGGCCUUACUGGCGUCGUCGGCCUUCCCCUCUGGACGUGGGACCGCCUACUCGGGAACGUGGUUCACUCUUCAGUCAUUCCCCCUGCCCCGGCGCUGGCUAUUUGAACCCGACCCGAUCCCGCAGAUCCUUAGGAGCGGCUGCCCGCGCUCGCUACAGCCGAAGAAACGGACUGCCAUCGUAUUCCACAGCAGAAACGAAACGGAGCGAGGAUCACCCUGCUCACAUCCCUAUCCGCGACGACCUCCGAUCUCCCUCGCCACAUACCGGUCCUUGGUCCCCUAUGCAGUUAUACCUGUGAAUGCUCCGGGAUAGGACCGCGUGGACAGAAGGAAAAAAAAAUACCUCCCCCACCCCUCCCGCCCUCCCUCGCUAGGAAGCUAAGAUACCGGUGGCGCAUGUUGAUAUUUCCCCAAUCUUUUCUUACGGAGACGACUACUUGCUUGU